AUGUGUUUUCUCUCACUAGGUCUGGCCCUUCUGCUGAAUGCUCAUCUGGGGUCUACCUACAAUCUGGUAUGCUACUUCACCAACUGGGCCCAGUAUCGGCCAGGCCUGGGGCGUUUCACACCUGAUGACAUUGACCCUUGCCUGUGUACUCACCUCAUCUAUGCCUUUGCUGGGAUGCGGAACAAUGAGAUCACUACCAUAGAAUGGAAUGACAUUGAACUCUACAAAUCUUUCAAUGGCCUGAAAAACAGGAACAGCGAAUUGAAAACCCUCUUGGCCAUUGGAGGGUGGAACUUUGGAACUGCACCUUUCACUGCCAUGGUCUCCACUCCUCAGAACCGCCAGACCUUCAUCACUUCAGUAAUCAAAUUUCUGCGCCAGUAUGGGUUUGAUGGAUUGGACCUGGACUGGGAAUACCCAGGCUCUCGUGGGAGCCCUCCUCAGGACAAGCAUCUCUUCACUGUCCUGGUGAAGGAAAUUCGUGAAGCUUUUGAGCAGGAGGCUACUGAGAACAACAAGCCCAGGUUGAUGGUUACUGCAGCUGUAGCUGCUGGCAUUUCCAACAUCGAGGCUGGCUAUGAGAUCCCUGAACUUUCCCAGUACCUAGAUUUCAUCCAUGUCAUGACAUAUGACCUCCAUGGCUCCUGGGAUGGCUACACAGGAGAGAACAGUCCCCUCUACAGUUACCCUAGUGAGACUGGCAGCAAUGCCUACCUUAAUGUGGAUUAUGUCAUGAAUUACUGGAAGAACAAUGGAGCCCCAGCUGAGAAGCUCAUUGUUGGAUUCCCAGAAUAUGGACACACUUACAUCCUGAGCAACCCUUCCAAUACUGGAAUUGGUGCUCCCACUUCUGGUGCUGGCCCUGCUGGGCCCUAUACCAGGGAGGCUGGGUUCUGGGCCUACUAUGAGAUUUGUACCUUCCUGAGAAAUGGAGCUACUGAGGUUUGGGAUGCCCCUCAGGAAGUGCCCUAUGCCUAUAAGGCCAAUGAAUGGGUUGGCUAUGACAAUGUCAAGAGCUUCAGUGUCAAGGCUCAGUGGCUUAAGCAGAAUAAUUUUGGAGGAGCCAUGAUCUGGGCCAUUGACCUUGAUGACUUCACUGGCUCUUUCUGUGACCAGGGCAAAUUCCCUCUGACUUCUACUCUGAAUAAAGCCCUCGGUGUGCCCACUGCAAGUUGCCCAGCCCCUGAUCUGCCUACUGAUCAAGUGACUUCUCCUCCAGUAACAGGAAGUGGAAGUGGAAGUGGAAGUGGGGAUGGGAGCGCUGAAGGCAGCGGAUUCUGUGCUGGCAAGGCUGAUGGCCUGUACCCUGUGGCUGAUGACAAAAAUGCCUUCUGGCACUGCCACAAUGGAGUCACGUACCAGCAGCACUGUCAGGCAGGCCUUGUCUUUGAUACCAGCUGUAGCUGCUGCAACUGGCCAUGAACCUGACUGUGUCACUCUUCCCUAAACUUCUGCACUCCCCUUUACUUCUUGUCAAAGACCUCUUGCUUCCAUCUAAAGUUAUGGAAUAAAAUUGGUAGCCAAAA